GUUCAGUCUUCCCCAUUUGGAAAAGGCAGGCUGGGUUCCGCUCCUGCACCACACGCGCUUUCCAUUUUUAGCUUCAUUCAGAGGCAGACAGAGCUCCUUCCUCUUCCUUUCCUUGUUUGUGACACUUUUCUGAGGCAGCUUUUCCACAGCGCUGAGGGUCUGGCAGCCAUGACCCCAGGCGCUCUGGGAUAUAGGACUGAGCGCCCACAACAUUUUUCUGCGGUGAGAGGCUGCCCCGAAGUAUAGCUCCAGCGCUGUGAGGUUUGAAAGGUUGGCACAGGGGAUUGAGGGGACCAUGAAAAUGGACAUGGAGGACGCGGAUAUGACUCUGUGGACAGAGGCUGAGUUUGAAGAGAAGUGCACAUACAUUGUGAAUGACCACCCCUGGGAUUCUGGUGCCGAUGGAGGGACUUCAGUUCAGGCAGAGGCAUCCUUACCAAGGAAUCUGCUUUUCAAAUAUAGCACAAACAGCAAAGAGGUUAUUGGAGUGGUGAGUAAAGAAUACAUACCAAAGGGAACACGUUUUGGACCUCUAAUAGGUGAAAUCUACACCAGUGAUACAGUUCCCAAGAAUGCCAACAGGAAAUACUUUUGGCGGAUCUAUUCCAGGGGGGAACUUCAACACUUCAUCGAUGGCUUUAAUGAGGAGAAAAGCAACUGGAUGCGCUAUGUGAAUCCUGCACACUCUGCCCGGGAGCAAAACCUGGCUGCGUGUCAGAACGGGAUGAACAUCUACUUCUACACCAUUAAGCCCAUCCCUGCCAACCAGGAGCUUCUUGUGUGGUAUUGCCGGGACUUUGCAGAAAGGCUUCACUACCCCUGUUCCGGAGAGCUGACAAUGAUGAAUCUCACACAAACACAGAGUAAUCCAAAGCAGCAGAGCAUUGAGAAAAACGAACUUUGUCCAAAGACCAUCCCAAAGAGAGAGCACAGUGUGAAAGAAAUCCUAAAGGACUCCCACCCCUCCAAAGAAAAGGACUUCUACCGUUCGAACAUUUCACCUAUCACUUCAGAAAAGGACAUAGAUGACUUCAGGAAAAAUGGGAGCCCCGAAAUGCCCUUCUAUCCCCGGGUUGUUUACCCCAUCCGGGCCCCGCUUCCGGAAGACUUUUUGAAAGCUUCCCUGGCCUAUAGGAUAGAGAGGCCGACUUACAUGACUCACUCCCCCAUUCCAUCCUCCACAACACCAAGCCCCUCGGCAAGAAGCAGCCCAGACCAAAGCCUCAAAAGCUCCAGUCCUCACAGCAGCCCGGGGAACACCGUGUCACCUCUGGCUCCUGGCUCUCAAGACCACCGGGACUCUUACGCCUACUUGAACGGGCCCUACGGCACUGAAGGUUUGGGCUCUUACCCCGGCUACGCGCCUUCCCACCACCUCCCCCCAGCCUUCAUCCCCUCUUACAACGCUCACUACCCCAAGUUCCUUCUGCCCCCCUAUGGCAUGAACUGUAACAGCCUCAGCUCCGUGGGCAACAUCAACGGCAUCAACAACUUUGGCCUUUUUCCCAGGUUGUACCCUGUGUACAGUAACCUCCUGGGUGGGGGCAACCUGCCUCACCCCAUGCUCAACCCGGCCUCUCUCCCGAGCUCCCUGCCCUCUGAUGGAGCCCGGAGGUUGCUUCAGCCUGAACAUCCCAGAGAGGUGCUUGUCCCCGCACCCCAUAGUGCCUUCUCCCUCACCGGGGCUGCAGCUAGCAUGAAGGACAAGGUGUGCAGCCCCACGAGCGGGUCUCCGACUGCGGGCACAGCCGCCACGUCAGAACACGUGGUGCAACCCAAAGCUACCUCAGCAUCGAUGGCAGCCCCCAGCAGCGACGAAGCCAUGAAUCUCAUUAAAAACAAAAGAAACAUGACUGGCUACAAGACACUUCCCUACCCCCUGAAGAAGCAGAAUGGCAAGAUUAAGUAUGAAUGCAACGUUUGCGCCAAGACUUUUGGCCAGCUCUCGAAUCUGAAGGUCCACCUCAGAGUGCACAGUGGAGAACGGCCUUUCAAAUGUCAGACCUGCAACAAGGGCUUCACUCAGCUUGCCCACCUGCAGAAACACUACCUGGUACACACGGGAGAAAAGCCACAUGAAUGCCAGGUUUGCCACAAGCGAUUUAGCAGCACCAGCAAUCUCAAGACCCAUCUGCGACUCCACUCCGGAGAGAAGCCUUACCAGUGCAAGGUGUGCCCCGCCAAGUUCACCCAGUUUGUGCACCUGAAACUCCACAAGCGCCUACAUACCCGGGAGCGGCCCCACAAGUGCGCCCAUUGCCACAAGAGCUACAUCCAUCUCUGCAGCCUCAAAGUCCACCUGAAGGGGAACUGCCCCGUGGCCCCGGCCACCGGGCUGCCUCUGGAGGACCUGACCCGGAUCAACGAGGAAAUCGAGAAGUUUGACAUCAGCGACAAUGCUGACCGGCUGGAGGACAUGGAGGACAACAUCGAUGUGAUCUCUGUGGUGGAGAAAGAAAUUCUGGCUGUGGUCAGAAAAGAGAAAGAAGAAACUGGCCUGAAAGUGUCUUUGCAAAGAAACAUGGGGAAUGGACUCCUCUCAGGGUGUAGCCUUUAUGAGUCAUCAGACCCGUCCCUCAUCAAGUUGCCUCACAGCAACCCACUACCUCUGGUACCUGUAAAGGUCAAACAAGAAACAGUAGAACCAAUGGAUCCUUAAGAUUUUCAGAAAAUAAAGUGUUUGUUUUGUUUCUUAACUUAUGACUUGGCAAGGCAGGGGGCCUCUACCAAAUUGUUUGUACAUACUUCCUGUGCUGCAGAGAUCACCUGCCAGCAAAUGGCUUCCCUUCACUUCUCUGGAAUUAAAGAAGGAACUCCAAAGUUACUGAAAUCUCAGGGCAUAAAUGAGGCAAAGACAAUAUAAAUAUAUAUACAUACUAUAUAUACUUAUUUACACCCCAUGUAUAUAUUUGAACCUGUGUAUUUUGAAUAUUUGUGUGGAUAUGUUUGCAUAGCCUUCCUUUUACUAAGACUAUUUGCCUAGCCAUAAUUAUUUUUUCAAUGAUAAUCCUUCAUAAUUUAUUAUACAAUUUAUCAUUCAAAAAGCAAUAAUUAAAAAAGUUUACAAUGACUGGAAAAAAUUCUUCUAAUUUGAGUUUAAAUGUUAUAUUUUUGUCUUGUAGCCAUUCUUUGUAGAUAAUUUCUGCACAUCUGUAUAAGUACCUAAAAUUUACUAAGAUUUAGUGAGUAAAUAUAUUAUUUCAGUCGACCUCCCUCUAUAAUAAUGGUUUGAAGAUGAGGUUUUGAUAUUGCCAAAGUCAGACAGUUGAUGUGUUAAUUCAUAGGAUCAUAUCAGUAUCAUUUGGACGGCAUUGGCGUUGUAUGACUUGGGGGUAUGUGUGCAGAAUUACCCAAUAAUAACUUCAGUAGGAGAAACAAAAAAGGGAAUCUUGUCUGUUUCUGUAGAUCAGAUUUCCCCCCAGCUACCGAUUUACCAGAAAGGAGACAAGACUUUGCCAACUUUUCUCCUUCUCCAAAAAACAGGGUCACCCACAAAAGUCAUGUCACCAUUCAGAGUGGCCACAUGGCUUUUGUUUCCCAAUGUAUUAUCUGAAAAUGUGAAGAAGACAAAAUUCCAUGUUUAAAACCACUGCGAAAGGUUCCCCAUAGCAUAGGUGGUUUUGUGUGUGUGAGGAUUGGGGGCUUGAGUUUGGGUGUUGUUUUUGUUGUUGGUUUUGUUGUUGUUGUUGUUGUUAUGUAAAAGUUGCACAAACAUGGUGCUCUACCAGGAAGGAUUUGAGGUAGAUUAAGGCUCAGGCCACACUUUAAAAACUGAAAAACGGGUAUACUCAUUGUUAAAGCGGGUGAUGAACAUUCCUGUCCCCAAAACAUCAAUUGUAUUUUUUCUGUAAAACUCAGAUUUUCCUCAGUAUUUGUGUUUUUACAUUUUUUUGGUUAAUUUAAUUAAAGAUGAAUGGGCAUUGCAAAGUUUGUUCAACAACAAUUACCUCAUUGAGUGUGUCCAGUAGUGCAGAAAAUGAUGUUUUAUCUAGUGAUUUGCUACUCUAGAAAAGAAACUAAGUAUGCUCCAGAAAGAUAGGAUGUGUGCCAUUCUAUCUUUUACUCUGCUAAGCCCAAAGAUUACAUGUAGGCAUUCAAGGUGUAGCAAAGAAUGAUGUAUAUUUAUAAAUCUAUUUAUACCACUAUACCAUGUGUAUAUAUAAUAUAUUUAUAACCACUUAAAUUGUGAGCCAAACCAUGUAAAGGAACCUACAUUUUCUAAGGCACAAGAUUCAUAAAUCAAACCCUUUCUGAGACUUUGCUUAACACUUGCUGACCUCACAAUCACAUUGGUGAGCUGGGGCACCCCUUUGCUGUUACAUCAGAACCUGAAAUCUUGGUGCAAAGGUGGACACUGCAUAACAAUCAAGGAGAAAAGAGAUACAUUGUUUUUUACCAUUGAGACAAGCUAAGAUGACUCUUUGUUUUGUCCCAUUAUGAUUAUUGGUCACACACAAGUCACAGAAAUAAAAAUCCCAUCAUUGCUCCUUUGACCACCACUAACUGUUCUCUCUUCCUCUCCCUCGUAAGUAAAUGACCUAUCACUAAUCAGUCUGGAUUAUAUGUUCACCAUUUUGCUCAUGGCAGCUAAAGUCAACCUGCAGAAAAGAACAACAAAUUUAGAAUAAUCCAGGGAUACCCAAGAGCCUUAAUGAUCUGUUCCUAUAAGCAGCAAAACUGACAUUUCUUUUGCAUCCGUGUUCAAUAAAUAAGCAUGGUCCUUAAUUGUAGCAAACUAAAGCAUCACACUCUGACACUGACAGGGUGUACAUUCUGUACCCAGCCACUUUUUUGUUCUUUUUUCUUUAAUGCUUUCUUACAUUGGAAUAUUUUUACAAGGAUCUGCUAAUGGCUUGACUUUUUGCUACUCUGUACUGUCUGACUUUCCUUCUUAGGCCUCUUACAUGUGAAUUUUGAGCCCACAAUCAACAGUGGUUUUAUUUUUUUUUCCUUCUACUCGAUGUUAAAACUGACCAAAGUUAAUGGCUUUUUACUUUGCUAGAACAACAAACUCUUAUGUUUACGUACUGGUUUACAUUGUUAUUUAUGUGCAAGUUGUCAAAAUGUAAAUUAAAUAUAAAUGUUCAUG